AUGGCUUCCACUGUUGAACUGGCAUCCUCCUUCAUCGAGGGUGCCCCGCCCGGAGAGCUCGCAGAUGUCGUCGCCGAUGUGCAAGCCUUGACUGAAGGGGAGGAUAUCAUUCCCUCCCUUCUGCCCGCGUUCAAACGGUACAACGAGGCGCAGCUCGCAGCGGUGAAAUUGCCGGGAUCAAGUCAGGAGGUGGGUUUUGCUCGGGAGUGGUCUAUGUCUGCGGUGAAGCUGACUUUUGCUGGGAAGGUCAUUGUUAGUGGGUUUAACGAGCUCGAAGACAACCGCUACUUCGACCCGGAGAGCCAAAUCUCGUUCGAAGUCGACCACACCACACAGACUGCCUCUGCGGCACAAUCAUAUGCGUUAGAGUCAGAUCAUGCGGACUUGAUCAAAUCGCUGCUCAAAUCAUUCGGUGUUCAUGCCCGUGAACACUACCCCAACUGCUCAUAUGGUGUCUACCCUAUUGAGAAUGACACUGUCAUCGCCAUCGUCUUGGUGGCCAACCGAUACUCCCCCAACAACUUCUGGAACGGUCGUUUCCGCGCGAUCUACCAACUUCCUGUCUCCUCCUCGUCCUCUACCCUGACUGGCAAUAUCCACGUUGACGUGCACUACUACGAAGAUGGCAACGUGGCCCUUAACACUACUAAGCCUGUCAACAUUUCCAUCGCCUCCGUAUCCGCCGAGUCGAUUGUCUCGCGGAUUGCUGCUGCGGAACGCGAUUAUCAGGAAGCGCUGAACCGGGCUUUCGUCCAGACAUCCGAGGGCGUGUUCAAGGGUCUCCGGAGACAGCUUCCCAUUACGCGACAGAAAGUGGAGUGGGAGAAGGUCGGUGGAUAUCGCCUGGGCCAAGAUAUCUCGGGCGGCAAAGGACGGUAG